CCGAGCCUGUUGUAGUUGUAUGGUAGGAUUUUGGUUUGGUACUUUUUGCUAGUACAUCUCUUCAAAUGGCCCUGCUGUAUUGCUGCCUGAAUAGCCUGAUGCUCCAUGAUUGUUAUGCACGGUGGAAAGCUGCAGCUGGUAGAUGGGCUGAGACACUACUAGUUGCGUACGAGACACUGGGAGUAGUGUUUGGGGGACUUGUGACAUCGCCACUCUAUGUUUACUCUUUUAUACCACUCAAAUCUCCCACUGUAGAUGACUACUUGGGCAUCUACAGCAUCAUGUUUUGGACCCUUACUCUCAUUGGAGUCGUCAAAUAUGCCACCAUUGCUCUUAGAGCGGAUGAUGAUGGUGAAGGUGGAACUUUCUCCCUAUAUUCAUUACUUUGCAGGAGUAUGAAUAUCACUGAAACUCUUUCCUCGAGACCUUCAAAUCCAAAGUCAUCAAGUCUUCCACGCUCUAUCUAUGAUGACACUCAAAAUCAGACUAGCAUGGUAAAAGUUUUCAAGGAAAGUAUAGUUGCCAGAAGGUUAUUGCUUUUUAUUGCUAUGUUGGGCAUGUGCAUGCUUAUUGGAGAUGGUAUUCUCACUCCUGCAAUAUCUGUUUGGUCUGCAAUAGAUGGAAUAAGAGCACCUUUUCCAUCUGUUAGUUCUUCUGUGGUGAAAGUGCUUUCUACAGCUGUGCUUGUCAUUCUUUUCAUGGUACAGAAAUUUGGUACAUCUCGAGUGAGCUUCAUGUUUUCCCCGAUUAUGGGUGCAUGGAGUUUGAGUAUCAUGCUUGUUGGAAUAUAUAGCAUCAUUCGACACUACCCGAGCAUAUUUAAGGCUGUAUUACCGCAUUAUAUCUUCCGCUUCUUUUGGAGAAACGGCAAGGAAGGCUGGCUGACGCUUGGUGGCACCGUCCUUUGCAUAACAGGCUCGGAGGCAUUGUUUGCUGAUCUUGGUCAUUUCAACCGAAGCACUAUUCAGAUAGCUUUCUUGUUUGCAAUCUACCCUUGUCUAGUAGUGACAUAUGCGGGGCAGACAGCAUACCUAAUCAAUAAUCAAAAUGAUCAUAAUGCUGAGUUUUAUAACUUCAUACCAAGUGUAAUCUACUGGCCCAUGUUUGUUGUAUCCACAUUGGCUGCCAUUGUUGCCAGCCAGUCUUUGAUUUCAGCCGCGUUUUCUGUAAUCAAGCAAGCUGUACAACUUGAUUAUUUCCCUCGAGUGAAGGUUGUGCGCACAUCCCUGAGCAAAGAAGGAGAGGUUUACUCCCCUGAAGUCAACUACAUUCUCAUGAUUCUCUCUGUUGCUGUCAUACUUAUAUUUGGAGAUGGAAAAGACAUGGGGAACGCAUAUGGUGUUGUUGUCAGUUUGGUCAUGCUCAUCACCACAAUAUUACUGACACUGGUAAUGAUCAUAAUAUGGAGAACACCACCAGUGCUGGUGGCGCUUUACUUCUCUGUCUUCUUCGUAAUUGAAGGUGUUUAUGUGAGUGCAGUCUUCAACAAGAUCGCUGAAGGUGGAUGGAUUCCUUUUGCCAUAUCCUUUAUCCUUGCCUUCAUUAUGUUUGGUUGGUACUAUGGGAGACAGAGAAAGGUAACAUAUGAAUUGACUAAUAAAAUAACCUUGGACGGACUUGGAGUGCUACUAUCUGAUCCCAGUGUUCAAAGGGUUCCUGGAUUCUGCUUCUUUUACACUAACAUUCAAGAUGGGCUCACUCCUGUUUUUGAACACUAUGUUAAGACAAUGAAAUCCCUUCACCAGGUCACCGCGUUCACUACUCUUCGAUAUCGUUUGGUUCCUAAGGUUGCUCCUCAUGAGAGGAUUCUUUUCUGUAAAAUUGGCCAGCAGAAAGGGGUUUAUGGCUGCGUUAUUCAAUAUGGCUACGCAGAUCUCCUAAACCUUGAAGGAGAUGAUUUUGUUAGUCAUGUUACAAAUAGUUUGAGGGCACACAUACAGGACAGCUCAGCUGGCCGUUUGCCAUCUGAUCCUGCAGAGAUUCAACAAAAGUUAUCUAAUUUGGAUGCUGCACAGAUUCAACAAGAGCUAUCUAAUUUGGAUGAUCCUGCAGAGAUUCAACAAGAGUUGUCUAAUUUGGAAGAAGCAAUCAGUGCCGGAAUUGUUCAUGUUCGAGGAAAGACGAGGUUUCAUAUUGGCAAGAGUUGUGGCUGGUUUGAUAAGAUUAUGCUAGCAUUUUAUGAAGUUCUGCACAGUAAUUGUAGGUCUGCUCUUCCUGCCCUCGGGGUGCCUCUGCCUCAGUGUAUUGAGGUUGGAAUGCUUUAUGAGGCUUGAAAGGAUGACUUGAGAUGAAACAAACUAAUCCGUAAUUGUUCAAGGGAUGCACAAGUAGAAUAUUGAUGUAAGAUAUAGACUAGCUUUAUUAUGUUAAUGUAAGAUUUAGACCAAGUUAUUAUAGAUAUCACUUCGUUGAUGACUUAUUGAGGAAGUGACCCGUGACGGACCAGAAAUUUCAGUUGAGGGGGCUAAAUUUCCCUUGUA